AUGAGUGUCGAACACGGCACCAAGAGGAAGAAAUGGACGUUUGACGAGGACAUUGAGCUGCUUCGUCAGGACUCGGCCUCCCACGGCGCGAUCGGCUCGAAUUGGGAAUCAGUUGCAAGAAUUUUGACGUCAUGUUCCACCUAUGGGUGCAACGUGAAUGGAAAGAAGUACCAGAACCAAUUCAACAUCCUGUUGGACAAGCACAAGAUCUUGCGGUAA